AUGCUAUUACUAUUGAGUCAACGUGAAUAUACAAGUUCUACACAACUUUCCAAUUCGAAAACCAGUCAAAUUUUCUAAAAUAAUGAUUAAAAUUCACUCAAAAUUUCAAACAUGAUAAAAAUCAAAGACCAUUCAAGAAACAAGUGGUAAGGAGAUAUUUCUAUGAUGCGAUGGGAGCUUAGAUUUGUAUAAUUAAAUCAACAGGAGCUUCAGAACUCAAAGUAAAAUUUGCUUUCUCGUUCAUGCCUUUCAAAAAAUGAGUGAAGAAUACAUGUGAUACUUCAAAACUGGUUCAGAUUGGACCGGUCCCUACCCGAAACUAAGAAGUGAUCGGCGUUAUUGGCAAUAUGACAGUGAAGAGUGAACAGUUAAGAGGUUUGUUAUGCUGCGGCCUACUCUAUAUUUGUUAGAAGAACAAUUACUGCCCAAUUACCUGUUGUUCAGGUUCCAGUUCAGAGAAUCAUAGAAGAUAAGUUCAUUUCUCUAUUGCGUUCAUGUAAAUCCUGCGAACACCUCCACCAGAUCCAAGCCCAAAUAGUAACCCAUGGACUCGAACACAACGAUUUCGUCGCGCCAAGUUUCAUCACAACGUGUUCGCGGCUCAGACGAAUGCAACACGCACGAAAACUGUUCGAUAAAAUUCCCGAACCAAACACUGCCACGUGGAACGCCAUGUUCCGAGGUUACUCCCAAAACGAACAUCACCGCGACGCCGUCAUUUUGUUUUGUAAACUAAACCGCGUUUCGGCGGUGCCGAAUUGCUUCACUUUUCCGAUGAUUAUAAAAUCAUGCACGAAAACGAAAGCUUUUAUUGAAGGUGAAGAAGUUCAUUGUUGUGCCGCCAAACGCGGCUUUAAGUCGAAUUCAUUUGUUGCGACUACGUUGAUUGAUAUGUAUUCAACGAAGGGUUGUGUUGAAAAUGCUUAUAAAGUGUUUGGUGAAAUACGUGAGAGAAACGUUGUUGUUUGGACUGCUAUUAUAAGCGCUUAUAUCUCGUGCGGAGACGUGACUUCUGGGAAACGACUUUUUGAUCUAGCGCCUGAGCGUGAUGUUGUAAUGUGGAGCAUUGUAAUUUCGGGUUACAUUGAAUUGAAGAAUAUGGUUGCUGCGAGAGAGCUUUUCAAUAAGAUGCCAAAUCGCGAUACAAUGUCGUGGAACGCUAUGUUGAAUGGCUAUGCUGCUAAUGGAGACGUUGAUUUGUUUGAGAAGUUGUUUGAUGAAAUGCCUGAGAAAAAUGUAUAUUCUUGGAACGGACUAAUUGGGGGUUAUGUUAAGAAUGAACUUUUUUCUGAUGCUUUGGAGUCUUUUAACCGAAUGUUGGUUGAGGGUCAUGUGGUUCCUAACGAUUUCACGCUUGUGGCGGUGUUGUCUGCAUGUUCAAGAUUGGGAGCACUUGAUAUGGGUAAGUGGGUUCAUGUGUAUGCAGAGAGUAUUGGGUAUAAAGGAAACUUGUUCGUUGGUAAUGCUUUAAUCGAUAUGUACGCAAAAUGUGGUGUUAUUGAAAAUGCAGUUGUCGUGUUCAAUGGUUUGGAUAGAAAGGAUAUAAUUAGUUGGAAUACGAUCAUUAAUGGAUUAGCCGUACAUGGACAUGCGCCCGAUGCGUUGAGUUUGUUCGACAGAAUGAAGAGUGAAGGAGAAGAACCAGAUGGGGUUACUUUCGUUGGGAUAUUGUCUGCUUGUACUCAUAUGGGUUUGGUCAAAGAUGGUUUUUUGUAUUUCAAAUCAAUGGUUGAUCAUUACAAAAUUGUGCCUCAAAUUGAGCAUUAUGGGUGUAUGGUUGAUUUGUUAGGAAGAGCUGGUCUUUUAGAUCAAGCUGUGAGUUUUAUAAGAAAGAUGCCCAUGGAACCUGAUGCGGUUAUCUGGGCUGCAUUACUUGGGGCAUGUAGGAUAUACAAGAAUGUGGAGAUAGCAGAACUUGCCCUACAGAGGCUGAUUGAACUUGAACCGAAAAACCCUGCAAAUUUCGUAAUGCUUUCAAACAUAUAUAAGGAUAUGGGAAGAUCCAAAGAUGUUGCCAGAUUGAAGAUUGCAAUGAGAGAUACUGGGUUUAGGAAAUUGCCAGGAUGUAGUGUUAUUGAGUGUAAUGAUAGUGUGGUGGAAUUUUAUUCCUUAGAUGAGAGACAUUCAGAGACAGAAAGUAUAUAUAGGGUAUUGAAGGGAUUGACGAUUUUGUUGAGAGCACAUGGAUAUGUUCCAAAUAUAAGGGAUGUUGCUCAAGGAGUCUGAAUGAUAGAGGAGGUAUUACUAUUAUUAUUCAUAUAUUAAAAUUAUUGGUAACUGUGAAGUAUACAUCGGUUUUGCCGAUGCUUAAUUUCUGCCGGAAAAUUUGGCUGACUGCCUUUAAUGGUAUCUCUCCUCUCAAUCAUGUUUUUUCCAUUCACAAUGCUCAAACCCGAGACAUGGCUUGUGGGAUAAAGUCUGGUUCCACUCUGAUCAACAGAAUCUUGGUAUGGGAGAGGUAUUAUGAGUGAGUGAAUAAUUAUUUUUUUAUGAAAGUGGCUCACCAUCCAAAAGGUUCAUAAAUAAUCACAUAGGCCAUAAUCAGAGUUCUUUUAGUUCUGGGACAGUUUUGAUAAUCUAUUUUGUGGCCUUUGAAAUAGUGAAAAUUAUGUGCUUAAACCACUCUGAAAAUCUAUUUUUGUUGUAAAGACCAGUUCUGGUAUAUGUGAAAUGUUCUAUUGCUAAAUUAUCCCUGAACAGAAAAACUGUUUGAGAAUGGAUACUUCCUUGUGCUCAUUUUAAUUUAUAUUAGACUUGAGAGUUUGAGUCUUUGGAAAUGCAUGUCGGUUCCCAAUCAAUUAAUCCUGCUCAGAAAAUAUUUUGUACUCAUUAAGAUGUUGAGCUAACUGCUCUAUGAUUAAACGUUCGUGUUU